UUUAAUGUUUUUUUAAAUAUUUCAAAUGUAAAGUAACAGUGUCAGUGAUAUUAUUAGUGAAAUUGUGUUGCUCCUGUUUCUUGUUUUGGAUCUGUCGAAUCAAAAAUGGAUGUCAUCACUUGGGACUACCUGGAAACAUCUACCUUGACUUGGUCUACAAUAAAAAAGAUGAAAUUGAUGAGGAACAACAGUAGACGAAGAAAGCGUAAAGUAUUUGAUGAUUAUUGGAAAAAAGAAAAAGGAAAGUAUAACAGAUUAAUCAGUAGUCAAAUUAAUGAAUAAAAAUAUUUAAAGAAAAAUAGAAAAAUACUAGGCGAAAUAUUGAAAAAUAUAAAAGACAAAAAAGAGAGAACGAAGGACUGUAGGACGUUAUACACAAAUAAAAUAGUUGAUGAGUAUGAAAAUUUGUUAUAAAUGUAAUGAAAAAAGAUAGAAAUAUUAUUUCCCCACUGCUUGGAAAAACUGCCCCCACCAGUGAUAAAGUAUUUGAGUCGUGCGCCGCGAGAUUGAAACACAUUUCUAGGGGUAUAAAAAGAGAGGUGUUUUUUGGGGGUUAAAAAGCAAGUGACGAGGGGGAAAAGAGAUAGUUUAGUGAAUUGAAAGAGAGUUACAAAAAGGCAAAAAGUACUGUACAGAGGGGGAUAGAAAAGACAUCUGACUGGCGGUGGAUGAAAAGCGGGUGGGAGGUACGGUGUGUGGCCUCAAAAAUACACCGCAACCACACCGCGCGGAUAUACCACAGAAGCCGCCACCACCUUCCACCACGCGAACCCAAAACGAGACCGCGCGAGUUAAACACCCUGACUGUAACUGUAACCAACCAAAGAACAUACUGAUAUUAAUUUUUGCUAAAAAAUUUUCAUUUUUAUUUUAAUUAUUAAAUUUUUUAAAAAAUUUUAUUUUUAAUUUUUCAAAAGUUUAUUGUACAAGAAUUUUUUUUAAUUUUUGUGUAAAUUUAUUAUGGUGAAUAUUUAAAAAAAAAAAAUAAAAAUUGUGUUUUAGUGUUGAAUAUAAAAAUAAAUAAAAUCUGUGAUUUGGAAAUUUAGUUAAAAAAAAAAAAAAAUUAAAAUAAUUAAAUAAACAACUUUUGAACUUUGAAUGAAUAAAAGUAAAAGUUUUUAAGUAUGCAUACAUCUUAUUGAAGGGAUACAUAUAUAAGAAAAAUAAAAGAAAAAAAUAAAUACAAAAACUUGUACAUAUAUAUAUCAACAGUCGAUUUCAAUAAAACGAAUUUUCUCCGCGACUUGGCAAUCGAGAAUACACGAAGACACAACGAAUAAGUAAAAAGAAUUUGCAAACGGAUGCUCAAGCUUUCAGUCCCUAGUAUCGAGAUAAUGAAAUAAGGAUCAAAGGAACAGAUCGGCUACGGAAUAUACGCAUUUGGAUUUAAGCAAAAGAAAAGAAAAAAGUAAAUAACAAGAAUAAGAAGAAAAAAUAAAAUAAAAUAAAGGGGGAAAAAGAAAGUGAAGGAAAAAAAAAAAAAUAAAUACUAUCCUUGAGAGAAGAAGGUAUUGGCAAUUCGAACAACAAAAUACAUUCAAAUCUUUCAAGAUAAAAAAAGAAGAACAAACAAAAAAAAAAUACACAAAUAAAUUUAAUUUAAGGAUUUAGGGAGAUGAAAAUCUGUGUGUGUUUUUGUGUCUUUGCGGUGAAACGAUCAAGCGGAUUGUCUUGCUGAUCUUCUUGUGGGGUUCUUUUAGUGAAUUUUUUUUUAUAUCAUUUAUUCUUAAAUACUAAAUUGAUGUGUUAAACAUUACGUACAUCAAGUUGAGCCAUAUUAAGAGAAUAGAUAAUUAUAAAAAUAAAAGUGGUAAAUGAUCUUGGUCUCAUGACGAAUCCUCUGCGAGAUGUUUGUCCUGAGGAAAAUCCUCAUGGCAUUGAUUAUCAAGAUUUACGUGUUACACGUUCGACUAAUCAAUCAAUAAAUCAACCAGCAACAUCAAGAUUACGUAAAACAAAAAUAACAACGUCAAAACGUAAAAUGCAUUUAUCAAGUGAUACAACAAAUCAAGGUACAACAAGUAAUAAUAAUCAAGUAUCUGAUUAUGUAUUGACAGCUGAAAUACUUGCUGAAAGAACACUCGAUGGAUUAUUUGCUGAACAUCCUGGUGAACUUGUUAAAACAGGUUGCCCACACGUGGUAUGUACAGUAUUGCCAAGUCAUUGGCGAUCAAAUAAAACACUUCCAAAUGCAUUUAAAGUUGUUGCACUUGGUGAUGUUGGUGAUGGCACAUUGGUAACUGUACGUGCUGGUAAUGAUGAAAAUUGUUGUGCUGAACUACGUAAUUGUACAGCUCUUAUGAAAAAUCAAGUUGCCAAAUUUAAUGAUCUUAGAUUUGUUGGUAGGAGUGGUCGAGGUAAAAGCUUUACACUAACUAUCAUGCUUCAGACAUCACCACCACAAGUUGCAACACUCUCAAAAGCUAUUAAAGUUACUGUGGAUGGACCAAGAGAACCAAGAUCAAAAACGAGUACCUUUUCAGGACAUCAGGCAUUUCAUCCUUAUCACUUUGGACCUCGUCAUUUUCCCUUUGGACAUCCACAAGAUCCAUUGGGUUUUAAACUACCUGGUUUGCAGCAUCUGGGUCUUGAUCAGAGUAGUGGACAAGGAUGGGGUGGACUACCAAGAAGUUCUUUACCUCCACAAUGUCUACCUCCACCUCCGCCCCCACCUCCUCCUCCUCCUCCACCACCACCACCACCAGCACCAGGUCAUCUUUCUCAAUCACAUCCCACAUCUGGAAAUAAUGGUGGUAACAGUGGUGGUGUCUCAGCAUUCAAUCCAUUCCAUUAUGCAAUUGAACAAAGAUCACCAAGACAAAUUUCCACUUCAACAUCUGAACCAUCGACAAAUGAUCUUGGACCAAUUAGCAUAACAGUUAGAGAAGUACCACAAGUAUCACCUGGUAAUCCAGGACCUGGUUUAUUAACAACUGCUGGUGUUAAUACAUCAACACCAACAGUUGAACCAACAACAAACACAAAUACAAGAAGUCCAACUGGACAUCAUCAGCAUCUUCAAGGUCUUCAUUUAUUAAGUGCAGGUUCAUUAUUUGGAUCAAUAUUUGCACCACUAUUACCACAAUGGUCAUCAUUAUAUAAUCCAUUGCCUUAUCAUACACGUCAAUAUAUUGCUGAUCAAGAUUGGCAUGCACUUGCAUUACGAAGUGUUAUGGCACAUCAACGUCUACAACGACCUGAUCAUCAUCAAGUUAAUCUUGAAGAUUUAAGAAAAUCAAGAAGUAUGAGUGUUAGUCCAAAUGACAGUAAUAAAAAUAGGAGACACGGAGAUAAUAAUGGUGCUGAUUCACCAGAUAAUAUACGUGAAACUGAAAGUCCAGAUGGUAGUAUUGAAGUUGAUGAUAAAAAUGAUAAAAAUAAAAAUAUUGAAUCAAGAAGUGAUGAUUCACAAGAAUCACUGAGAGUAUCAUCAACAAAAAGUGAUCAUGAAGACAGUAUAAAAGAUAAUUAUAUAGAUGAUGAAAAUCGUUUGCGACCGAGUUUAGAUAAUUUAAAUGACAUUGAUGUAUCAAAUGAUGAUCAAGUCAAUGUAAGAUGUAGUGAAUUGACAGUUAAAAUACGUAUUGAAGGUACUGUUGAUUUGAGUACAAAACGAGAACAGGAUAAAGAAAAUGUUGGACAAGAUUUAACAACAACAACAAGAAGAAAAGAUGAUGAUGUUGAUGGUGAAAGAGAAUUAAUUAGACCACAUUCACUUGGUAAAUCAAGAAGUCCAAAACCACGUCAUGUUUGGAGGCCAUAUUGAUGAUGAUAAAUUUAAAUGUUAAAUAAUACAUUUUAAUGUUGAAUGAUUAUUUAUUUAUUUUAUUUAGAUAUCCGCAAAAACUUUGAGGACUAAUCAGGGUUAAUGCAUUUAAUUCAAUGUAGAUUGUAAAUAUUAAAAAUAUAUUAUUGGUCCUAUCAAGAUCACUCUAGUUUUAAGAGGAAAAAAAAAAUGAUAAAUUAUCAACGAUUCACUUAAAAAAAAAACA